CCCGACUUCUGCUUCUUAAUGGUGAUACAGGCAGACCCUGAGCAGAGGUUGUCGCCCUGAUUUUCUAGCCAUAGAGCCAUGCUUCGGUGUUUCCGCCUUAACUGUCUCUGGCAUGGCCUUCCUUGGUGAUCCAUCUGCCAAACAUGCUUGGGCAGGGAUGACUGGAGCGGCAGAGGUGACGGGUCGCGAAACCUUCUGCUUGGCCACGACUCGCUCGAUCCUGUCUAAUAGUGGUUGUCGGUUCCUCUGUUUACUGUCAGGUUCAUGCGUCGCUGUGCCACUACUGCGAACCUGGCGUGUCGAUAACGGCGACGCCGACCUCGGUGAUACCGGUGGCGGACUGGCAAUAACCCAUUCACUUAUACCUUCUUCCCAGCGAUAGCCGGUGAACAUAUUGCUGAGUAACGCUGAUUUGGGUUGUUCCGUCA